UUGUAAUCAUUGGGGUACUCCUCGGAUAGACUUGUUCGCAUCCAGGGCGAACAUAAAACUGAAAAAGUUCUAUUCCCUGUCCCCAACAGACCAUCCCUUGGGGAUAGAUGCCUUUUCCCAGUGUUGGUGCAGGGGACUCCUUUAUGCCUUCCCAGGUUGCUCCCAAAUGUCUUGAGAAAGAUCAGAGAAGACAGGGCAAGAGUAGUAGACAUUGCCCCGUUCUGGCCCUGCAGGGUUUAAUUCACAUGGUUGAGAAAGAUGUCAGUUACAACCCCUUGGAUCCUCCCGGAAUCCCUGAACCUUCUACAUCAGGGACCAGUUUUGCAUGCAGAAACCUCCAGUCUUCAUCUGACGGCAUGGCUGUUGAAAGGGGGAUCCUAGAGCAAAGGGGUCUUUCAGAUCAUGUGAUCACUACUCUACUAGCAAGUAGAAAAAAGGAGGAAGCCACCCCGAAGUCGCUGAUCGAUAUAGCCCUACAUUACCUGAGCGCUAACCUUGAAAAGUUUUGCUGGAAGAGAUCGGACGGGACACUUUGUUUACACGAUGCAGCAGUGUUCCCUCAGGAGGUGGCCGAUCAACUACUGCGCACUAUGGCUGUUCAAAGACAGCUCAAUGAGGUCACAGUUGGAAUUUUCCGCGGUUGCCAGUUGCGCCUGAAGCGAGCAUGUAUCCGCAAGGCCAAGAUCUCUGCCGUAGCCUUCCGUAAAGCUUUCUGCCAUCACAAGUUAGUUGAAAUGGAUGCAACGGGGGUCAAUGCUGAUAUAACGAUUACUGAUAUAAUAUCUGGGCUCAGUAGUAGUAAAUGGAUCCGGGAGAACCUACAAUGCCUGAUCCUCAACUCCUUGACCCUAUCCCUGGAGGAUCCAUAUGAACGAUGCUUCAGCCGAUUGUCUGGCCUUCGAGCUUUGAGCAUCACUAAUGUUUUGUUUUACAAUGAAGAUCUUGCAGACGUUGCUUCCCUUCCCAGGUUGGAAAGCUUGGAUAUCUCCAACACGUCAGUGACUGACAUCUCUGCUCUGCUGAACUGCAAGGACAGACUAAAAUCCCUUACAAUGCACCACCUGAAGUGUCUAAAGAUGACUACCACACAUAUACUGGAAGUGAUCAAAGAACUGGAGCACCUCAGUCAUCUGGAUAUAUCUGAUGACAAGCAGUUCACAUCAGACAUAGCCUGUCGUCUGCUGGAGCAGAAAGAUAUACUGCUCAACCUCGUCUCCUUAGACAUCUCUGGGAGAAAGCAUGUGACCGAUAAAGCGGUGGAGGCCUUUAUCUUACAACGCCCUCAGAUCCAGUUUGUUGGUCUUCUGGCCACUGAGGCUGGGUAUUCAGAGCUCCUCUCUGGAGAAGGCAAUGUGAAGGUUUCUGGAGAAGCAAAUCAAGUCCAGAUUGCAGAAGCACUCCGCAGAUACAGUGAACGCUCCUUCUUUGUUCGUGAAGCCCUCUUUCACCUGUUUAGUCUGACACAUGCCAUGGAGAAAGCAAAUCCAAAGAUGUUAAAGUUGGUGGUGAUAGGCAUGAGAAACCACCCUACCAAUCUACCGGUACAGCUAGCUGCCAGCGCCUGUGUUUUUAACCUGACCAAGCAGGAUCUAGCAGCUGGGAUGCCUGUGAAGUUGCUGGCUGAUGUAACACAUUUGCUUCUAGAAGCUAUGAAGAAUUUCCCAAACCACCAGCAGUUGCAGAAGAACUGUCUCCUGUCCCUCUGCAGUGAUAGAAUAUUGCAAGAUGUCCCAUUUAAUAGGUUUGACGCAGCAAAGCUUGUAAUGCAGUGGUUGUGUAACCAUGAAGAUCAGAACAUGCAGAGAAUGGCGGUUGCUAUAAUCUCUAUUCUUGCUGCAAAGCUAUCUACUGAACAAACAGCACAGUUGGGAGCAGAGCUCUUCAUUGUACGGCAACUUCUUCAAAUUGUGCGACAAAAGACCAGCCAGAGUCUCGUGGACACCACCUUGAAAUUCACGCUCAGUGCUUUGUGGAACCUGACAGACGAAUCGCCUACCACAUGUCGACAUUUUAUAGAAAACCAAGGCCUGGAACUCUUCAUGAAGGUCCUUGAGACUUUUCCAUCAGAGUCUUCCAUUCAGCAGAAGGUCCUGGGUUUGCUGAACAAUAUAGCGGAGGUGAAGGAGCUGCACUCGGAGCUCAUGUGGAAGGAUUUCAUUGAUCAGAUCAGUAAGCUCCUGCACAGUGUGGAAGUGGAGGUCAGUUACUUUGCGGCUGGAAUAAUUGCGCACCUUGUGUCCCGUGGAGAGGAGACCUGGACCUUAACCUCAGACUUGCGAGAUGCUUUGCUAAAGGAACUUCAUUCUGCCAUACUCAGUUGGCCCACACCCGAAUGUGAGAUGGUGGCCUACAGGUCUUUUAAUCCCUUCUUCCCUCUCCUCGCCUGUUUUAGUACACCCGGUGUACAGCUUUGGGCAGUUUGGGCCAUGCAACACGUCUGUAGCAAAAACCCUGUUCGGUACUGCAGUAUGCUGAUCGAAGAAGGAGGAUUGGAAAAGCUGUACCGCAUCAGAGACCACGCAUGUGCCAACCCUGAUGUACUGCAGAUUACAAUCGCCAUCUUAGACAACCUGGAUAGGCACCUUACACGGCACGGUAACACUUUUAGUCCAAAGCUGCCGUCAUCUACAAAAUGAGUCUGGAGUCUUCUUCUCCUGGUUUGCCCGACGUCCUCUGUAGCUCCAUAGUGUGUUUGCUGGGCUGUUUCCUUCAAUAUCCCACCGAUGUUACCUUCAGUAGGUAGCAGAGACUUUGAUAUUGAAACAGGAAUUUCGCCUCACCACUCGCGCCUCGCUCAUAUAUUCUUUUUUUGUUUGUUUUAGUGUGCAUGAGAGUGUUUAAAAAAACUCAACUAAAAAAGGACUUUAUGUAAAAAUUAGUUUUGAAAUGAUCAUCUUCUGUGUUUUGUGCCCUCUCUUCUGGUCAGGGUAGUUUUGUUUUCCCAUUUUACAGCACCAAUGGAAGGUAGAAUAUGGAAUUUAUUAAUAUCAUUUGUAUCACUUACCCCCCCGCCCAUCAUGUAAAUCUGAAGAUUUUUUUUUUUUUUAUUGAUUUUUUUUUAAAGCAGGGGAAAUGAAAUUAUGAAGCUGUUUAAAAAAAAAAUAUAUAUAUAUAUAAAAAAAAAGUUUACAUGAAAUAUUAUGUUAUAUGAAAAGAUAGGAUUUAUAAUGAGUUCUAUUGCAAAAAAAUAUAGAACUUUUUUUUUUUUUUUAAAUUGUCUACAUAUGUCCUAAAAGUCUGCGCUAAUCCCUAAAGGUGCCCAUAGAUCUUGAACUGAAGUCAGGGACACCCACCACCUAUGGCGUUUAUGGUGGCCUCCCAACUCUUCUAUGGGAGAGGGGUUGGGCGUGUUGGAUUCUUACUGCCCAUCCCUAAUGUUUUGGGUAAGAGAAGCCAAACCUGCCGUCCCUUUACAGCAGUGGUGUCAUAACUGUGGCCCUCCAGAUGUUGCAAAAAUACAACUCACAGGAAACGGAUGUCUGGGCAUGCUGGGAGUUGUAGUUUUGCAACAUCUGGAGGGCCACAGUUUGGACACCACUGCUUUGAGGAAACCUAAACAUUCAACCAUACUGAACAUUUAUGUGUAUGGCCACCUUUAGAGAUCUGAACUUUGACUUUCCUGCUGAGCUGAUUUCCCUAGUUCAGUGAUUUCCACACUGUGUUGCAAAACUACAACUCCCAGCAUGCCUGGACAGCUGCAGGCAAUUCAGACAUGCUUGGAGUUGUAGUUUUGCAACAACUGGAGGGAUGCCGUUUGGAGGCCAAAGAGUUAAAGGAGUACUCCACUGGAAAACAUUUUUUUUGUUUUGUUUUUUAUCAACUGGUGCCAAACAGUUAAACAGAUUUG